AUGGCACUAAUGAAGGUCAAGUUUGACCUGAAGAAGCGGGUGAAACUGGCCCAGUUCGUAUGGCUGAUGUACUGGUUCUCAGUGAUGGCAGGCGUGCUGGUCUUCAGCAUGGGUCUGUUCUUUAAGAUCGAGCUGCGUAAGCGCUCAGAGAUGAUGGACAACAACGAGAGCCACUUCGUUCCUAACCUACUAAUCGGCGUGGGGCUGCUGGCCUGUGGGAUCAAUGCCAUGGGAGGCAAGAUCUGCUAUGACUCCCUGGACCCCAGCAAGUUCUCCAGGUGGAAGCCUAUGCUCAAACCCUUCCUAGUCUCCUGUGUGGUUUUCAACUGUCUCCUGGUGCUGACGGCUCUCCUCUGCUUCCUUAUGAGGAUCCCUCUCCAGUUCACGCUGGCCGAGGGCCUGAAGAACGCCCUGAAGUUCUACAAGGACACAGACACGCCGGGACGCUGCUACAUGAAGAGAACCCUGGACCAGAUGCAGAUGGAGUUCCGUUGCUGCGGCAACAACAACUUCAGGGACUGGUUCGAGAUCCAGUGGGUCAGCAAUCGCUACCUGGACUUCAGUGCCAAGGAAGUAAAAGAUCGUAUCGGCAGCAACGUGGAUGGGAAGUACCUGAUGGAUGCUGUUCCAUUCAGCUGCUGUAACCCCGGCUCCCCGCGGCCCUGCAUCCAGUACCAGGUGACCAACAACACGGCCCACUACUCCUAUGACCACCACACCGAGGACCUGAACAUCUGGAAACGGGGCUGCCGCGACGCUCUGAUUUCCUACUACGGAGGCAUGAUGAACAGCAUAGGAGCCCUGGUGCUGCUUGUCACUAUUCUGGAGGUUAUUGUGAUGAUCGGCCUCCAGUACGUGAAUACCUCCUUGUCUAACCUGGCCAACCCAGAGGACCCAGAGUGUGAGAGCGAAGGCUGGAUCCUGGAGAAGACAGUGAAGGAGACGUUUACUGACAUCAUGGACAAGAUGAAAGCCAUGAGUAAAGGCAAUGCAGUGGACGAGGCCGGAGUGGAUGGUGUCGCCACGGGCAGCUGAACAAGACACAUUGACACAAACUGAGACAUUCCCACCGAGGGGAAGAAAGGCAGAUUGAACAACUCCUUUGCAUAUAUUACACAAAAUACACACAUAAUACACACAUACAUGCCCGACACACACAAUACUGUCCAUCUGAAGGGAAAACUGAAAUGGACACAAAUGGACUCUUGAGUACAUGUCAGCACUUACGAUAUGUUGAAUGUACGAAUGCAUGAAUGUAUGUAUAAGUCACAUUAUAACCAAUUUCCAAUAUGCCCUCCCCCACUCCAAUACACACAGACUAACAAACAAUACACACUUUUUCUAAAACUCAUACCUUUUCCACACACACACACACACGCACACACACACACACACGCACAUACACACACACCUCUCCUCCAACCCCAGCUUUGCUACUCUGCUUCAGUUUUCUUACGUUCUGUAUAAUUCUGCUCUGUUUCAUAUUUUAUUUUUAGCCCAUUUUCUAUAAAACGAGGGAAAAACUAAACACCACCCAGUGUCAUGAAAAUGCAUAAUGUCAGAUGUUUUGCAUUGCACUGUGAAAAUGCAUUUUUAAGAGUAAGGUCAGGAAACCAGGUAUGUUGUGUUUUAUGGAUAAUGUGGGGCUGGUGGUUGUGGCGCAACCCGCUUCCCUUCCCAGAGAGGACGUUAAAGUGGAAAGGUUAAAUGUUAAUUCAUAUCCCAAGGAAAUAUGUUUUGGAUCCACCUGUAGUGCAGUUUUUUCUAUUAGAUAAUUCCUAGAAAAUUCCAAAGAAAAGGACUGAAACACCCCAGAUAUCAACUCUUUAAAGUUCUUAAUUUCUAACUUAAUUUGAGAGAUGGAGGAGGGCUGGAGACUCCUGGGCUGGAAGAGGUGGAUCCAUUUCACCCUAACCCGAUGUUGUUGAAGUUUGGGAAGGAGGGCUGGAGACUCCUGGGCUGGAAGAGGUGGAUCCAUUUCACCCUAACCCGAUGUUGUUGAAGUUUGGGGAGGAGGGCUGGAGACUCCUGGGCUGGAAGAGGUGGAACCAUUUUAUGCUAACCGAUAUUGUUGAAGUUUGGGGGUGAGGGGCUAAAGGAGACGUGGCGGGGGUGAACCAGGGGUGACCCCAAAGUUGAGGACAUUUGAGACUGGCAGCUAAACCCCUGGCCUCUGACCCCUGAACUCUGACCCCAGCCGUCUGCUCUGUGAGGUCACUCAGCAGGUCCAAUCAGCAUUCUCUUAUUGGAUUAUCAAGAGCUACUGUACAUACCCACACACUCACAGACCAACUCCCAGGCUACUGUUGUCUUUGUAAAUAGUCUAGUAUUGAUACAUAACUUUUUUUUAACCGUGUAAUUCAUUUAAAUUAUUUUAUUUACUGUAAAGAAAAUGUUUUGCCAUGAGAAAUCCUUCUGUUUUUCUUUCUGUAUGUUGUGUAGAAGGAUGAUGAGGCCAUUGUGUAAAUGAAAAUGUUAAUAAAGA